AUGCCCAUGGCCGGGGAAUUUCAUUUGUGCAUAACAGAUCAAACCAACAACCUUCCACCUAGAUGCGAACACACCGACGUAUUACACGUGCAAUUUCAUGGCACGGGUAAGAAUAACUACACAGUCAAUUAUGAAAAGGUAGAUUGCACCUUAUUAACAAAGUUCCUGGAAAAACGCUCAGAAAAGGAUUUCCACGAAAUGUUGAUGAAGUUGUCGUUCAAUAUUGAAAGAGCCCAAGAUGUGAAGGAAUUCUGUGGAAGAGUGCUAGAGAGAGGGAUAUACUGGAAUCAACGUCUGUACGUUUUUCUUGGUCACUUGGAAGCUCAGUUGAGGAGAAAGUCCUGCUACUUCAUGAAUGCAUCCCACGAAGAAAUCCACGGACUGCUGGCGCAGUUUGGCGACUUUCUAGAAGAACAAAAUAUAGGAAAGCGAGCCAGAAAAAUUGGCAUGCUCCUUUCGCCCUUGAAACAAACUCAUUCAUUGGAUCCAGCCCAAUGCAGGUUCGAGCAAGACAUAAAACGUGGAUUUUUUAGAUCAUACACUUUCACUGAUGGGUGCGGUUUUAUGUCCCGUGAGUUCUCUUUGGAGGUACAAAAGACCCUGAAGCUUGAUUAUCAUCCUAGCACCGUGCAGGUCCGUUACCGAGGAACUGAAGGUCUGCUGGUCCUGAAAGAAGACUUGACGGAAAUCAAAGUGCAGUUCCACGAAUCAAUGCGAAAAUUUGCGACACUAGAACAGAAUAUGCCUGAGUCACUCCACUUUCUAGAUCUACUGGAUUAUUCUCGCCCUUACGAGAAUGGAUAUCUGGACAAUCAGAUGAUCAUGCUUUUGGCAGAAAGGGGUGUUCCUCUUCAAAAUCUUGAGAAAUUGCAGUCAGGCUAUUUUGAGCUCUUGGAGGGUAUCUGCAAAGAAACAGCAGAGUAUUUCUUGCGCUUCAAAGGGGAAUUGGGACUGCUGGAAGAAAUAAAAGCCCGCGGAAUCGACGCGCAAAUGAAGAGGCGUUUAAAGUCCCUGAGAAGUAAAGAGCUAGACGAGAUCAAAAAGGCUCCUGGACAAACAAGAAUUCUCGUUCCUCAGUCCCGUGUAGUGUUUGCUGUUUGCGAUCCUUACAACAAGUUGAAGUACGGUGAAUGCUAUUUCAACCCCACUAUGUCAGAUGACGAAGCAAAAAGUUUUCCUGGUGUUGACAAAAAGUUUGUGGUAGCACGCAGCCCAUGUUACCAUCCAGGAGACGUGCGUGUGUUGCGACUGACAGAUGACGAGCAAAGUUACGAAAAUCUACGUGAUUGUCUUGUGAUGCCUGUAAAAGGUCCACGACCUCAAGCCUUUGAAUGUGCUGGGGGAACUCUGGGUGGUGACAAGUUCUUUAUCAGCUGGAAUAAAAAUGUUAUUCCUAGCGCGGUGGAAAAACCUUGCGCAUAUCCUCUGAAAAAGUUGUCUGGAAUGCGCAAGGCGAUGUCACACAUUACCUCUUUUGUGCUGUGGUCGCGUCAAAUCAAUCCCCAGAAAAGGAAUGAAAGAGCCCGACAGGAAAUGCAACAAUACUUCGUGAACUUCGAGGAUGAUUUAGCCCAGAGGAUUGACGCUACUUACGUGGAGUACGCAGCUGUCUUAGGCCCAUCGUCGAAAGAAUGCCGAAAACUGUGCAAGAUGUUUUACCAAGUAGUUAACCUGAUGGAAGAUAGGGCGGCGAUGGAAAAAGAAUUCUUAAAACUCGAGAAAAGGGGGCUAAGAUUAAAGUCAUCCGUGGCCCUCUGUGCUCCUGCCCCAAGUGAAACAACCCAUCUGCUGACAAAUGAAGAACGAACACACGUGGAACACAGUCUUCCAGAACAAACCUUUAGGCUUUCACGCCUGAUGCGCCGAUCAAGACGACAUAACUACAGUCAUGAGGCACGUAAGAAGAUUGAGGUGAAAGCUGAAGAAUACGUUAAGCGCGUGCAACGUGAAUUUCAGAAGUGUGUAGUUUAA